AUGGAACCUGAACCAAAACCCCAGGUCCGAAAACGCGACCCAGCCUUCCCCUCCCCGGGUGCAGUCUCCAUCGUGAGCCACGAACAACCGGCAGGCGUCCCGCACAGUGACUUCUCCGUCGGGGGUCUGCCCCUGCAGAUCGAACUUUCCUUUCCGGGGCAGUGGGAGAACUUGAAGGACAAGGAGUUUGACGUCAUCAACCUCUGGCGCCCCCUCCACGGCCCAAACUUCGACUGGCCCCUCACCCUCUUAGACUUUGCCUCAGUCGAACCAGACGACAUGAUUCUCAACGACGACCUGCACCGCGACCGGGCAAUGGAGAACACGCUCCUUCACUUCAACGAGAAGCACAGGUGGUAUUUUGUCAACGGGCAGACGGUGGACGACGUGCUCGUUUUCAGGAUCGUCGACUCAACGGGAAAGAGGGCGAGGGGCUUUCAUUGCGCUGCUAAUAACCCGAAUACGCCUCCUGGACAGAUGAGGACUAGUAUUGAGAUUAGGAUAGUGGCUGUUCGAUGA